UUCAGCACCAUGUGGAUUAGCUAGCGGUGUGCUAUCUGUAGUUUGGGCAGCGUUUUUGCGUGCGGCAUGGGGAAAUCCAAAAAAGUUAAAUCUGAACAUUCGAAAGAGCUACGAAAAUACAAUCCUGCAAGGAUGAAGGAGGACAAGCGAGAGAAUCACCUCGCACGGCAAGAACAACACCUGGAACACAUUCCUUUUCGACUGCGUGAGAUCAUGAAGAGUAAAGAGAGGAUUGCGAUGGGGGCCAGCAAGCUGAAGAAGAUGAGGAAAGCCACAGCACCCAAGCCUGUAGAAGGAGCUGCAGAGGCAACAGACAUCCCAGUCCCAUGCUUUCGCAGAGGGCAAAGGGAGUCAGAGAGGGCUUACCUCCACCGGAUGGAGCAAGAAACCCAGCAUGUGCUCUUCCUCACCAAAAACCAAGUGCAGCGCCAGCCAGAGGUGGAGCUGCAGGAACAGGAACAGCCAGCCGGCAGGCGGAAAGCUGAGAAGAAGAAAGAAUUUGACAAAAUAAAGGUACAGAAGAUAGAGAAGAAGAAGAUGGCAAAGAGAGAGAAGAUUGAGGAAAAGGAGAAGUUUACAGACAGGGUGAGCUUUGGUGAGGUGGUUAUGGCACCCCCAUCUUUGACAGCCAAACCCAAGAGGGCACCCACCAAGUCAGGGGGGAUAACAAAGGGACUCCUGCUGAACUCCCUUCUUGGCCAUACCUCACUCUCCACCUCCAAGCCCUCCAUGGCAAGGCAGAAGAUGAUGGAGGAAGAGAGAAUCCGUGUGGUUGAGGCCUACCGCAACCUGAAGAAGACAGGUUACAAGCUGCAACCCACAUCUUGGAAAGUACCUGCAAACUCAAAAGAAUCUACAGAGAGCUGACCUGACAGCCCCCACUGCAUCAACCCUU